AUGGCCGCCACCAGCCCGAAUAACGCUAUCCGAAGGAAGCUACGUCUUUACGCUAGGCUAUUUCCUACAAUACCGACCGUGUUUGAAAACUACGUGACUGAUUGUAGGGUCGAUGGCAAAUCCGUCCAGCUCGCGCUAUGGGACACGGCGGGACAAGAGGAUUACGAGCGGUUGCGGCCUCUAGCAUACUCCAAAGCUCAUGUCAUCUUAGUCGGAUUCUCCAUCGAGACCCCCGAUUCUCUGGAUAAUGUCAAGCACAAGUGGGUGGAAGAGGCUACUCGGCUUUGUCCUGGUGUGCCCAUUAUUCUCGUUGGCCUGAAGAAGGACCUACGCGAAGACCCAGUCGCCAUUGAAGAACAGCGCAAGAAGUCUCUACGUUUUGUUUCGCCUCAAGAAGGUGAUCAGGCGGCCAAGGAGAUUGGCGCUCGAAGAUAUCUCGAAUGCUCCAGCCUAAGCGGUGAAGGUGUUGACGAUGUUUUCGAGGCUGCCACCCGGGCCGCACUUUUAACAUUUGAGAACGGCGAGGGAGGUGGCUGUUGCGUUGUGCUGUAA